GAGCCGCAGCGUUUCCCGUCGCAUCUCCGAGCCACCCCCUCCCUCUCCCUCCCUCCUUCCCAUCCCCCUUCUUUUCAAGCGUGAGACUCGUGAUCCUUCCGCCGCUUCCCUUCUUCAUUGACUCGGAAAAAAAAUCCCCGAGGAAAAUAGAAUAUUCAAAGUACUUAUUUUCAAUCAAGUAUUUGUCCCCGUUUCGCGUGAUAUAUAUAUAUAUAUAUUUUUUAGGAUUCUUCCCGCCCCCCCCCUCCUUUUCUCUCCUCCAAGGAAAGGGAGGGGAAUGAAUUGUAUUUUUCCCCCCUAGUCUCAAAUCAUCUAUGUUAAAUACCCACACUGAUCUGUCUUGAAGGAGAAAUACAUCGCUCGUUUUUUAAAUAGCUAUACAGAAGGAGUGGAAAAAAACGCAAAAGAACGAAGUCUUUUUCUUUUUCUUGUGGGAGAACUUAAUGCUGCUUUUGUCAUUAACCUAACAUCCCAACAUACAACAAAAGGAAGAGAAGGAGGAAGGAAGGAAAAGAAGGUGAUUCAGGAAGAGAGUGAUCAUGUCAGGGCGGCCCAGAACCACCUCCUUUGCGGAGAGCUGCAAGCCAGUGCAGCAGCCUUCGGCGUUUGGCAGCAUGAAAGUUAGCAGUGCAUUGGAUAAAAAGAACAAGACACGGUUUCCUGUCACUAAGUUUGCAGGAGACAAGGAUGGCAGUAAGGUGACCACAGUGGUGGCAACUCCUGGGCAGGGUCCAGACAGGCCACAAGAAGUCAGCUAUACAGACACUAAAGUGAUUGGAAAUGGGUCAUUUGGUGUGGUAUAUCAAGCCAAACUUUGUGAUUCAGGAGAAUUGGUUGCCAUCAAGAAAGUAUUGCAAGACAAGAGAUUUAAGAACCGAGAGCUCCAAAUCAUGAGAAAGCUAGAUCACUGUAACAUAGUCCGAUUGCGUUAUUUCUUCUACUCAAGUGGUGAGAAGAAAGAUGAGGUCUAUCUCAAUCUGGUGCUGGACUAUGUUCCGGAAACAGUAUACAGAGUUGCCAGACACUAUAGUCGAGCUAAACAGACGCUUCCUGUGAUCUAUGUCAAGUUGUAUAUGUAUCAGCUGUUUCGAAGUUUAGCCUAUAUUCAUUCCUUUGGAAUCUGCCAUCGGGAUAUUAAACCACAGAACCUCUUGUUGGACCCUGAUACAGCUGUAUUAAAACUCUGUGACUUUGGAAGUGCAAAGCAGCUGGUCCGAGGAGAACCCAAUGUUUCGUAUAUCUGUUCUCGGUACUAUAGGGCACCAGAGUUGAUCUUUGGAGCCACUGAUUAUACCUCUAGUAUAGACGUAUGGUCUGCAGGCUGUGUGCUGGCUGAACUGUUGCUAGGACAACCAAUAUUUCCAGGGGACAGUGGUGUGGAUCAGUUGGUGGAAAUAAUCAAGGUUCUGGGGACACCAACAAGGGAGCAAAUUAGAGAAAUGAAUCCAAACUACACAGAAUUCAAAUUUCCUCAAAUUAAGGCACAUCCUUGGACUAAGGAUUCAUCAGGAACAGGACAUUUCAACUCAGGAGUGCGGGUCUUCCGACCCCGAACUCCACCAGAGGCAAUUGCACUGUGUAGCCGUCUGUUGGAGUAUACACCAACUGCCCGACUGACACCACUGGAAGCUUGUGCACAUUCAUUUUUUGAUGAAUUACGGGACCCAAAUGUCAAACUACCAAAUGGGCGAGACACCCCUGCACUCUUCAACUUCACCACUCAAGAACUGUCCAGUAAUCCACCUCUAGCUACCAUUCUUAUUCCUCCUCAUGCUCGGAUUCAAGCAGCUGCUUCAACCCCAACAAAUGCCACAGCAGCCUCAGAUGCUAAUGCUGGAGACCGUGGACAGACCAAUAACGCUGCUUCUGCAUCAGCUUCCAACUCCACCUGAACAGUCCCGAGCAGCCAGCUGCACAGGAAAAACCACCAGUUACUUGAGUGUCCACUCAGCAACACUGGUCACGUUUGGAAAGAAAAUUAAAAAGAGAAAAAAAAACCUGUUCAUUUUAGUGUUCAGUUUUUUUAUUAUUGUUGUUAUUAUUUAACCUUGUAAAAUAUCUAUAAAUACAAACCAAUUUCAUUGUAUUCUCACUUUGAGGGAGAGCCAGGGGUGGGUGGGUUGGGGUUAGGGAAGGCGGAGCACCAGAACACGAUCUCUCUCCCACGACAAUCUUAUCAGAAGUCUGCUGUUGGAUACUUUAAAAACAGGACUCCUGCUUCAUGCCCCUUCCACAAAAGAAGAAAACUUUGUUCUGUGCUGAAGUUUUUUUGAACUUUUUUCUUUUAAAAUCAAGUGUAAGACUUGGUAUAGUGCACAGCUUGAAAUUGGUUGGGAGCUUAGCAGGUAUAACUCCAUGGGGACUUAAAUUCACUUGUAAAAUUAAUCCAUAUCCUGGGGCGUUCGAAGACUUGCCUUUGGCAUGUUGGUGGCAGGUGUGGCAGACAAAAAAAAAGGAAAUGUGUAUCCUUUGUAACCCUGGGAGGUCAAUAAAGUUAGAAGCUGUAAGGGGAAGAUUCUUAAUUGAUUUGUUAAAGUUCUGUUUUGCUCUUAAUCAGUGCUAGUGGUGGGGGAACUUGUGUAAGAGGCUGUCGGGAGGAGCAUGCCUGCUCUUCCUGUGGAUCUUUGUUUGCCUGGCCAAAGGUUCUCUGCAAACCUUAGUACAGUUGUAAACUAGUGACCCAGGAGAAGGCUGACAAAGCGUUGAGCCGGCCACUCUGGCUGUGGAGGUCAAAAGUCGAUAAACCCGGGGGAAGGGACUGGCCAGGGCAGAUCUCACCACUGUGAAUGAAGUAUUCCAGAUUCUUCUCUAAAGUUGCUUCCCUUGGAAAGAUACACUUGAGAGGACAUUAUAGUUAAAUAAUGUGAACUGUCACAGUCUACUGGUUUAUUUUCAUAUUUUUUAAUUACAGAUUGAGCUUGCAGAAAUUGCCACGUUCUGCACAUAGUUCUAAUUUUAAAUCCAAAUCUAGAAUCUGUAUUUAAUUUCAGCUUUUUUUAACCUCAUGCUUUUUAAAUUUUAUUUAUUGAUGCAUGUGUCAGGCCAUUAUGAUUCUAGAUGAUAGGAAUAUUAAAAACUACGCAUCCAAAUGAUAUAAACAGUCACUAGUACCUGCUGACGUUAUAGGAAAGUGGAUCAUAUAAAUGUGUGUAUAUGUGUUAUGUAUAAUAGAUUCAGUACUGCCUCUUGUUUUUGUUUUCAUUUUGUCCACAGUAUCAAAAUUGACUGCUUGAAGAGUGAGAAGAAGAAUGAUUUCCCUAUACCCAGUUAAGAGUUUUGUUUGUUUUCUUUUCUGUAUCAGUGGAUGGUGUAAGAACCAGUCUCUGUUUUUGAAGAAAAAGCAAUAUUCCUUGGAAAGCAAGGAGGAUUGAAGGAUUAUGUUUGCAGUGAGGAAAUAGAUUUUUACACAGCGUUUGUUUUACAUGUUUAAGGUUGACAUCUAUGUGGGCCUUACAUACUCUAAAACGAACCUUAGUCACCUUGGUGCUUAUGGGCCAUUACUUGACCUAUGAAUCUUUAAGGCACAACCAGUUGUACUUUACAUGUGAAGAUUACUUGAGUGAUGGCCGCCUUUCCCCGUACCUGCUCCUUCCCCACAUGCCUUCUACGGUUCACUGAGAGCUAGGGCUGCAGAGCUGGGCCCUAGGUUGUGUGUAACCUACCUUCCCCUUCUCAUUGCCACCUUAGGUCAUGUUAGGGGUCUCGCCCUCCAGGCGAUUUGGAAAUAGAGUCUCUUGACAGCCCUCAUGCUGGUCCCCAGAGCCUGUACUACUUACCCAAGUGUGUGUGACUCCCGGAGAGUCGACUGCCUGCUGAAGUGAACCAGUGCCAGAAAGGCAGCUGUGAGCCAUCGUCGUCUUCACUCACUGUUUAGCUGUGCUCUUAGGCCGCAGAAGGGGUUUCUCAAACCUCUGGUUGUAUCAGAGUUCAUGAGGAAGGAAACAUCCUCGGUCAAACCAAAUCAAACGUAUUGAAUUUUACUUUUCAUAAUGAGCCUCUAAGAGCUGAUUAAGAUUGGAAGGACGUCUGAGUGAAAGUAUUUGGCAACAUGAUACUAAAGGAACGGCUUUGAUAGGCCAUUUUCAGAAAAGAUUAGAGGCUGAACAGCAGGUCUGUGACAGAAAUGGACCUGCUUUCAGACCACUGCCCGGACAAACAUCUGGACAGACACUACUCUGGAUUUGGUAUAUCUGCCAGAGUCCAUAGAAACCUGUGCUUAUUUUACAAAAUACCUUCCCCCCGAUAAAUGGGGUGAGAAAAGAGAAGAGUCUGAUGCUUUCCUCUCGUGUUGUGUGUGCGUGUCUGAGGGCUGAGGUGCGUGAUUUUUUUUCUUUCUCAAGGAUCAUGGCAGGAUCACAGAGCUCUUUUAUACAAGUGAGAUCCAGGUCUCUGCGUAUCUUUUUGUAAAUAAUAAAAUAAUAAUAAUAAUAAAAGCUCCUCACCAAAUUCAAGCUUGUACAUUAUAUUUUCUUUCAAUGUUUUUAAAUUUAAGUUUUAUUGUUUUGUAUGUAAAUAUGUGGACCCAGGAACUGUUAUUAAUGAGCAAAAAGUUACUGUUCAGGGCAGUGAUUCUGUUUAAUAAUCAGACAAAAUGUAGACGAGCUUUUUAAAGCCAUAUAGUUUUAACUCUGUACAGUAGGUACCGGCCUGUAUUAUUGUAACAAUAACUCUAGCAAUGUAUAGUGUAUCUAUAUAGUUUGGAGUGCCUUCGCUUCCAUGUGUUUAUUUGUUGUUUUUCAUUUUUUAAAUUUUAAUUGGUUUCUCUCUAUAUCCAUGUCUCCCUGUCCCCACCCUUUUUUUCCUAUGAAAUAAUAGCUCACUCAUAACACAGUGUCUGUGCCCCUUCGCGGUGAAUUUCAGUGAUACCACGCUCAGGAGUGGAAAGAGGAAACCAUGUUUAUAAUCUGUCAUGUAAGCCCUGCCUCUGUUUUGGUUCUGAACAUAUGUCUUCCUCAGUAGCAGUGACCGGUUUCAUUUCAUCCUUAGGCCAUCCAGGGACUCAGCGUAGUGCCAGGGAGCCCUAGAGCUGGAGGGUAUCAAUUAGAUUUUGCUCGUCUCUUCCCCAAACCCUAACCAUGGGUCUUACAAUCAGCAGAUUCCAUGCUCACUCUCCUCAUUUCCUUCCCUCACAAAUGAGAGGGGAGAACUGGUUUUUGUAAAUCAGUUCCAUCAUAGCAUCAGGUUUUGCUAAUCAGUGGUCUGAAAUGCCAUGGUAAGAUUGCAGGCAGUAAUGCCGGAGUGUGCGCGAGGACUGUGGCUUAAUAAGGGGACUCCGCCUGUCUGUCCUCCCGCCACCUCCACCCCUUUCAGCAAAAUCUCAUUUUAAUUUCUUUUUGAAAAAAUCAUUUGAAUUCUUACUGUGUGCCCAUCAUGAAGGCCUUUUUUGAAAGAAAAAAAUCAAAAUUACUUGUUUUGCCUCCAAGUACUCCAUAUGAGAUGUCUUGAAUAGAAGAAAAAAACAAACUUUACCAAACCAAAGGUUCCUAUUUUUGAAACAUCAUGUGUUCAUUCCAGCAAGGCAGAGGACUGCACCUUCUUUCCAGUGACAUGUUGUCAUUUUUAAAAGUCCUCUUAAUUUUUUAGAUACAUAUUUUUGGUGUGUGUUUUAACAAAGCUGCCUAACCAGUCAUCUGGUCUGCACCAAUGCAAAGGUUUCUGAGAGGACUAUUGUAUUCUCUAUCCCUGUGGAUAUAAAGACACUGGCAUUUUAUUUCUUUUUCCCUUUCCUUUUUAAGGGAUUUAACUUUGGAAUCUUCCAAAGGAAGUUUGGCCAAUGCCAGAUCCCCAGGAGUUUGGGGUUUUUUCUUUUCUUUUAAACAAAAAUUGUAACUGAUUCCUGUUGUUGUUCUUAGUGAUCAUCUAAUCACAGAGCCAAACACUUGUCCCGUCUAUAGAAAAAUAAACUAAGCAUGCUUUACAAUAAAAUCUGACUUUGCUGAUAGAAACCUGAGCCACCGAAGAUAAGAGAGACAACUAGAAGCAGAGUAGAGUCCCAGACUAAGGUCUACGUUUGAGAGGCUUCGAAAGUAAUCCCUGAGGUUUGGAUUAUUUUCAUAAGGGUUAUGAUGUUUUAUUCAAGUUUGUUGCUCCGUUUUGCACCUCUGCAAUAAAAGCAAAAUGACAACCAGUACAUAAGGGGUUAGCUUGACAAAGUAGACUUCCUUGUGUUAAUUUUUAAGUUUUUUUUUUUCAUACUAUAUCUGCUACAGGCAGAUUCAGAUAGAUGUAUGAAAUGUGCUUGCCUGUAAAAUUGCAUUUAUAAAUGUGUUGCCGAUGGAUCACUUGGGCCUGUACACAUACCAAUUAGCGUGACCACUUCCAUCUUAAAAACAAACCUAAAAAACAAAAUUUAUUAUAUACAUAUAUAUAUAUAUAUAAAGGACUGUGGGUUGUAUACAAACUAUUGCAAACACUUGUGCAAAUCUGUCUUGAUAUAAAGGAAAAGCAAAAUCUGUAUAACAUUACUACUUGAAUGCCUCUGUGACUGAUUUUUUUUUCAUUUUAAAUAUAAACUUUUUUGUGAAAAGUAUGCUUAAUGUUUUUUUUUUCCCCUUUCCCCAUUCCCUUGUAAAUACAUUUCGUUCUAUGUGACUUGGUUUGGAAAUAGUUAACUGGUACUGUAAUUUGCAUUAAAUAAAAAGUAGGUAGCCUGGAAAUGAAAUUAAAA